AUGUAAAAUGUUAAAGAAACUAUCUAGUAUGUUUAAGAUGUCUUUAGAUAGCUUGGAAUCAAUUAUAUGCAAGCAGAAGACUUUAGAUAGGCUAAGCACUCUCAAUACCCUUAGAGUCAAGAGAGAAUGGAGAGAUUUUAGAAACUAAUAUUCGACCUAAUACUGCUUAUUUCAACAGAUUUUAAAAUAAAUUUGAAUGAAUAUUAAACUUAAGUCAUAAGCUAUGAUAAACUUAAAACAUUUAUUAUCUAAUAUUUAGUUCAGAUGGAGUGUGAGCUUUUGAUAGUUCAUUAGCAAAAAAUAGGAUUUAAUUUCAACAACAUGAGAGACAUGCUUAUGCUUAUUGGAUGGCUGAUGGGAGUUUCUAAUUUUUUUGAAAAAUAUGAAGAUGUUUUCAUUAACCAGGCUGUGAAGUAGGCUGAAGAGAUUAAAGAAGAAGUUAUGCAAAAUGGAUUUAGCCAUGUAGCCAAAAAGAGAGUAUUAUAAUAAGAAAACUAGCAAGAAGAUGAAAAACUUAUUGAAAGCUUUAAUCUUUUGUUCAGUUCUUUCAGAAAAAUUUAAAACUUAGUCAAAAGAAAAGAGAAAAAAUUAGAGCAAUUUAAAGAUAAAUUAAGUAUUUAGGGGGUUUAAAUAGGGAUAAGAGAUUUUAUUUUAAUGACUAAUCCUGAGAUUUUGUAAUAAAAGGCUCGUGAAAUGAAAGAAGUCAGUGAGUUAGUAGAAAAUAUGAGCUCGAGAAUUAGGAACUAAGAAAUCUUCUGGGAGUGGCUAGAAAGUGCAGUAGAAGUUGAUAAAAAGGAGUAUUAAAAUGAAGGUGAUUAUGGAUUUCCUGAUGAAAUACAAGAUUUAACUUUUAUUCCUGGAUUGAUAUAAAUAGAUUUAAAGCAACAUUAAGAAAACAUUGAAUAAGUUUAGCUUUUCUAUUCUGAAAUGUAGGAAAGCAUAUAGGAAUUUAACAAGUUUUGGCUUGUUGUUUAGAAAAAUAUGAAUAAAUUAUACAGUGAAGAAGUUAUAGCAGACCUAUAAGAAAAUUCUCAUUUAGUAAUUGAAGAGUUGGAUGAAAGACUUCCUUCAAUCAAUUAAUAUAUCAAAGAAUUCGAUGAAUAGUACAAUAAUUCUGAAGGGGAAGGUAUUGUUAAAUAAGAUUUGCUUGUUAACUUUGUGCUACAACAUUUGAAUUAUAAUACAAAUUAGAAGAUAGAUUCAAAGUCAAAAAAUAAUAUUUCUACUGAAGAGGUUAAAAGAAUGUUAAGCAGCAUAGAAAAUAAGCAAUAAUAAUUGCAAAAAAAUUUAAAAGACCAUAUAAAUCAUAUUUUUGAUAGCAUUAGCAGUAUUGUUACAGCUUAUCCAAAUUACUAAUGA